AUUGUUGUCAUUUAAAUAAAAGUGCCUCAGAUUUCAAAAUCAAAAUCAAUUCUUUCUAUUGCAAAGUCUGAGAACUACAGCAGAAUACAUGAGUGGCUGAGUUAGGGUUAUAAACAUUAUUCUCACAGGAGCUGAUGACACAAAACAAAAGCCACAAAAGGUUUUCUGUUUUUCAAGCCAAGAUAAUUUCACACCAGUGCUCUAGGAAAACAUGUAUGUACACUAUUUUAAUAUGCAUUUACAGUUGUCUAGAAAUUUUACAAGCUACCUAUUGAAAGGAAGAAACUUUAAUUUAGUUUACAGUAAUAUAAUUUCAUUGCAUUGGUCUGGAAAAAGUAAAAAAAAUUCAGUAUAUGACCUUAGCAGGAACCUAGGUACAAACAGCUUAAAUAUCUGGGUUUACUUGUGGCACUGGACAGUAAUGUAGAGUCUUCUGUAAGCAAAUCUUUUGGACAAAAUCAAACCCAUCUGGUUGGAAAGUGUGUGUGUGUGUAUGUGUGUUAUACAUAAAAGUGUUUUUUCAAUCAUUUGUUAUUAACACUUGGGGUUUUCUUGUACAAAAUUGUGUAUGAUCAAAAUUAUUGCUUAAGGGUUUUCAUACACAAAUUUGCGAAUGAAAAAAGCAAAAUAAAUUAAUUUUAUGUUUGCGUAUGAACGCUAGACACUCAAGACGUACAUUUGGCAAUGUCAGCGCGAUCUGCUAACUAUGUAGAUUGCACUCUAAGGUCACCACACCAGUUUCCAUUUUGUGUUUAAAGGACCCAGGAUAUAAUGUUAAACCAUUUCCCACAGCUUGUGUUAAUUUCUUAAGCAUCACAUUUAUUCAUAACAGUGUUGUGAGAGUUUUGAACCAUGCCUCGUGUUGCUGCCAAAGGUGGAGGGGUGGGAAAAUGUAAAACAUGCAAGGAAAUUGUACCACAUGGUGAUAGUGUGGUGCCUCCUGAUGCCUCUCCCAGUGUCCCUGUCCCUUCAACAAGCAGUCCUAGUGCUAUGACUCGAUACAGUACAGUACUGUAUGUACAAUUAUCUUUUGCACUCGGAGGGAAAAAUUAAUAAUAUGUGCUUGGCCCGGGCGCGCUCAUCAUACCGCCAAAUUUACAACACUGUUUCCUCGCAAAAUAUUAGUUUUUUCACAACUUUUCGGCUGUAACUAUUUUUUCCUAAAUAUGUAUGCUUUAUAAUGGAAUAAGGUUCAUAUUGCAAUCACAUGAAAUAAUAAAGGUAAAAGUGAUAUAUAAAUAUUUUCAUUAAGCAUAAACAACACCUACAUAUAGAAGUAUGGUAAUUAUUUUAUCAGGAUUACUCAUAAAAUUGUUUGUAUAUAAUUUAUUUACCAUGUACAGUAAUUGCAAUAAAUCCCACCUUUUUAUCUCGCAUAGCAAGCUUGCUACGACUCAUUUCGUACAAUUAUCUCUUGUGUGAUGCAGUCAAGUGCAAUGAGGUGAGUAACAGGCCAGACCCGGUGGCGUGAUACGAAUUCAUGCCAGGUGAGGGCUAUGUGCGCUGCCCCCGACUCAUUCCGACCUCUCUCCACUCGUUUACACUUACCAUGUGUCUCCUACUUUGUGUUUUUCCGUUAUUUCCAACUUCGUGUGGCAUGCAGUCAUGCCUAAACGCCCCAGCUUGAUGUGAUAAGGCGUAAUAAGAGUGGUGAUAGACCAGCAAGAGUGGUAGAGACUUGAACUUGCCACCUUGACCAUCUCCGCCAUCAUCAACACAGGUAAAUAACAGUCUCAAUUUAUGCUUUAUAUUCCUUAAUUAAUACUUGUUAUUCUUGCUUUAUAUUUCUGCUUUAUUUCCUAGCUUGACAGAGAUAUGGUAGAUAGGAAUUUUUUGGGGGGUGGCCAGUCCCUAACCCCUUAAAUUUGUUAUAUUCUUAUGGGAUUAAUUGCUUCAAUUACAGUUGAUUCACUAACCAGAGACUUUUCACAGUCCCUAAAUGUGUCAGUUAUUUGGGUAUUAAUAAUUUUGAGACAAGAUAUGUGUGCCCUUUACCUAACCAGUCUAUUGUGAUCUAAUUUAAAAUAUGUGCUGAGUUUGCGUACUUUUUUAUGUACGAAAUGUCAGUGCUGUCUGUGUGUUGCACACUUUACCAUUAUCAAGUAUCAACAAAAUAAUCAAGGCAUGGGCAUCCACAAGGGAUUGCACUUGCACCCCCUGGAAAAUUAGAAAUGUUCUUUUUCCUGCAGUCCUUGUUCACAGUAUGUGUAUGAUAUUACAAGUUUUUAAGUGAACUGUUUGUUCUUUAACGUUCCCAUAACAGUCACUUGUGGUAAGCUGGUACUUUGGACAAUUCCUCUGUGUGGGAGAAUUACGAUGUUAUUGACAAGAGCAACAACUGGUGCCUGGGCUUGGCUGGCCGACUCAGGGCAAUAUGGAUGCAGCAUUCCAAUGUGUCGCAGGGUCCAUACAACAUCUCAACUGCUCCAGGAAGCUGUACAAACAAAUGAACCCCAAGCAUAUGAAUUUCAGGCCGAGACUCGCAUGCUUUUGGAUAUUGUAGCAAAGUCUCUCUACUCUGAGAAGGAGGUGUUUGUCAGAGAACUUAUUUCUAAUGCUUCAGACGCCAUAGAAAAGGCUCGAUACUUGGCUCUACAAGGCAAAGAACUAGACUCUUCUGAGGCUGACAUGAAAAUUCACAUCACCACUGACAAGUAUGAUAAGACACUGACCAUCCAAGACUCGGGUAUCGGCAUGAGCAGAGAAGAACUUAUCGAUAAUUUGGGUACUAUUGCCCGCUCUGGCUCAAAGGCUUUCAUCCAGCAACUGCAGGAAGGUGGUGGUGCAGAUCCACAGAGUAUUAUUGGUCAAUUUGGUGUUGGCUUCUACUCGGCAUUUAUGGUAGCUGAGAAAGUUGAAGUCUUCACAAAGUCUCGCUUACCUGGUAGCAUUGGCUACAUCUGGGCAUCAGAUGGGUGUGGAAAGUAUACCGUAGAAGAGUGUCAGAAUGUUGAGCCAGGGACUAAGAUCAUCUGCCAUCUCAAGGUCGAAAACCGCGAAUUUGCCGAUGAGCAAACUAUUAAAGAUGUCAUUAAGAAAUACAGCAGCUUUAUAGGAUCUCCCAUUGAGGUGAAUGGUGAGCAAGCUAACAACAUAAAACCUAUUUGGCUCAUGGAUCCUAAGGAGGUGUCCCCUGAUCAACACGAUGAAUUCUACCGCUAUGUGGGGUCAGCGUACGACAAACCUCGCUUUGUACUUCACUACCGCACAGAUGCCCCGGUAGAUCUUCGAUGUGUCCUGUACGUUCCCGAGGGUAAACCAGGUUUGUUUGACCUAAACCGUGAUGCAGAGAGCAGCGUCUCCCUCUACUGCCGCCGAGUCCUCAUCAUGAACAAAGCUGAAAAUGUUCUUCCAAAGUGGCUGAGGUUCUUGAAGGGUGUUGUGGACAGCGAGGACAUUCCCUUGAAUCUUAGUCGAGAAUUACUUCAGGACUCGGCCCUCAUUCGCAGACUACGCACCGUCAUUCAGAAUCGUGUUGUUCGCUUCCUCUUUGACAAAUCACGUAAAGAUGCCGAGAGCUACAGCAAGUUCUUUACUGAUUAUGGAAUAUUUAUUAAAGAAGGUAUUCUGUCAUCUCAGGAGCAGGUUGAGAAAGAAGAGAUUGCCAAGCUAAUCAUGUAUGAUUCUUCGGCAAAACCCAUCGGCGAAAAGGUGACGCUCCCGGAAUACAUUGGCCGCAUGACUGAUAACCAGAAAGAUAUUUAUUACCUGGCAGCUCCUUCAAGGGAACUGGCAGAGUCUUCUCCAUACUUUGAAGCUCUUAAGAAACGGAAUGUGGAAGUAUUAUUCUGCUAUGAGCCAUAUGAUGAAGUAGUCCUGAUGCAGCUGCAGGAAUUUGGUAACAGAAAAAUUAUUUCAGUUGAGAAAGAAAUGCGCCAGGAUAAAGAUGCUGUUGAUUAUGAAGGAGCUGAGGGUGGCCUACGCCGUUCUCAGGCAAAUGAAUUGAUGGACUGGUUAAAAACUGUAUUGAGUGGACGAUGCUGGGGAGUGAAAGCCACCCCUCGCCUCGAAUCCCAUCCAUGUGUCAUCACCGUGGAGGAAAUGGGGGCAGCCAGGCACUUCGUACGCACGCAGUUCACUCAGAUCCCCGAAGAGACCAGAUAUUCACUUUUGCAGCCACAGUUGGAAAUUAACCCAGGCCACCCGAUCAUCAUGAAGUUGAACGAACUACGGGAGAGUAAUCCUCGACUAGCUGAACUUACUGCCAAACAGUUAUUCAGCAAUGCCAUGGUACUAGCAGGUUUGGUAGAAGAUCCACGCACAGUCCUUUCUUCUAUGAAUGAGCUUUUACAGUUGGCUUUAGAGAAGCACUGAGUAUACUGUAUUGUGGUGUCAUUGUUUCCUCUGCAACACUGCAUGUGACAAUUGGAAUACUUGGAAGAAGUACUGUGUUGUGUCAGGUACUGAAUGAUAUGUGUACAGUAUUGAGGGUCAUCUGCAGUAUACUUAGAUAAUUUGCAUAUGGUUAUGUUUAAAUAAAGUGUACAGUUAUAUAUAGUAAGAGUCGGUAUGAUGUAAUUGGUGCCGUUAUAUAAAGUAGGCACUGA